GUCACACCCAGCAAUAGUUCCGGUAUCGUUCUUGUUUCUGAUUGGCUGCCUCGCCUCCUCUACUUCCUCCUUGCAGGUCUAGCAAAAUAUUGAAAAUGUUGGUGCUGGUGCUUGGAGACCUCCACAUCCCUCACAGAUGUAACUCGCUCCCAGCAAAGUUCAAAAAGCUCCUGGUACCUGGAAAGAUCCAACACAUCCUGUGCACGGGGAAUCUAUGCACUAAAGAAAGCUACGACUACCUCAAGACUCUGGCCGGAGACGUGCACAUCGUCAGGGGCGACUUCGAUGAGAAUCUGAACUAUCCAGAGCAGAAAGUCGUAACUGUGGGCCAGUUCAAGAUCGGUCUCAUUCAUGGACAUCAGGUGAUCCCGUGGGGAGACAUGGCGUCUCUGGCUCUGCUCCAGAGACAGUUGGACGUGGACAUCCUGAUUUCUGGACACACGCACAAGUUUGAGGCCUUUGAAAAUGAAAACAAGUUCUACAUAAACCCGGGCUCUGCCACAGGGGCCUACAGCGCCCUCGAGAGUAACAUCAUCCCAUCAUUCGUGUUGAUGGACAUUCAGGCCUCCACGGUGGUCACGUACGUGUAUCAGCUGAUCGGAGACGACGUCAAAGUGGAACGCAUCGAGUACAAAAAGUCAUAAAACUAUUUCAACAAAAAACGUAAAAAGGCGGAUGAGGUGUCGUUUCAUUCCUGUAACAGCAGAGGGCAGCACGGCCUCAGAAUCUACUGUACACAACUGCUUUUACAUGGACACAAGUUUUAACCACAAACAGGUUCAGAACAGGCCUAAAACUGGACUAAAUCUGGUCUAAAACUGGACUAAACCAGGAUGAAAGCCAGACAGAAACAGGACUAAACUGGGCUAAACAAACAACAUUUAAAACAGAACUAAAUAAAGCUAAACCCAAACACAGGUGAAUUCCCUUGGUGCAAAGAAUGGUCAAAACAUUUAGUAGCUCUCAAAACUAUUUGUGUCUCUGUGUAUCUGACCCAAACUGCACUCACAAGACUACACCUGCAGGGGGAGCUCAUACAAAGACUACUAUUUAUGUAGAAAAAAGUACAAGGAAACUGUAUUUUAAUUUCACUCACAGAUUCUCACUCCAUAUUUGUUCCUUUCUGCAGUUCUCUCAUAUUCUUACAAUCUGAAUUUCAAAACAUGAGAUGACACUAAUAAAAUUUUUGGUCAAGCAAAAGAACAUUGACUGAUCAUUUACUAAAAAGACCUAAAAAGAAUCUACAGCCCCAGUGUCCCUCCUUUUUACUCACAAAUAAGAUAGAUCGAUUGUGAGCCCUAUCUCGUCACUGCAAACAUAGUUACUGGAAAUUCUGGAAGCUGCUGUUUUUAUUUAGGAUUUACAAAUAUUAGUUUACCUUUUCCUUGUUGGACAAUAAAAAAAAUCACAGAGGAUAAUUUCAAAUGUGAGUAAUGACAGUGUUCUGAUUCUACAAAUAUUCAAAUAAACAGUAAUUUUUUGGGUUAAAUUUUCAAAAGCCGAGAUGCGUCCAUGUAAAAGCAGCUCAGAUAAACACAGUGUCCCAUAUAAAUCUUGUAUUCUAUGUUUCUCAUGUGUCCCUCUGUAACUGCAGACUGCAUCACUUCACUUUAUGUGUUUAAAAUACUUAUUUGGUGCCAUUUCCUGUUUGUCGCUUGUCUUAUAAUAAAAUCCCUAUUACAUUUAGAUUAUAUUGUAUCUUUUCACAAUAAAUUACUAAUGUCACUGCA